UCCUGACUAUAGUUUCCAGUAACAUCUUUCUGCUUCUCAUAUUCUUCCAUUCAUCGUACAAUUAUGAUCUGAGAUGUCAUCUGUUUCCCAUUUCCAAACACCGCCUGAAUUAUCAUCGUCUGAGUUCUACACAAAUCUCAUUGAACGAUGCCAACGUUAUCAACGACUGCGACCCGGAAAGGUUCUUCACGCUCAAUUAAUCAUAAAUGGAAUGGCUCAACUGACCCACUUCGCCUCCAAGCUAAUCAUCUUCUACGUCGAAUGCAAACAGAUUUUCCAUGCCCACCACCUGUUCGACAAAAUUCCCAAGUCAAAUAUCCGCGGUUGGACCGUCCUUAUUGGCGCAUAUGCUCGACAUGGUUUUCACAAGGAAGCUAUACAACUCUUCUUUAAUAUGCAAAAGGAAGGAAUAGUAAAGCCCAACCAGUUUAUCAUUCCAAGUGUUCUUAAAGCUUGUGGAAACCUUCAUGAUUCAGUAACAGGGGCAAGUCUACAUUCUCUAAUCCUUAAACAAGACUUCAUAACUGACCCUUUUGUCACUUCCUCAUUGAUAGACAUGUAUGCAAAAUGCGGUCAUAUCGAAAAUGCAAGACAGGUAUUUGAUGGUUCAGAUGGAGAAGAUCUAGUAGCUUUUAAUUCAAUGGUAUCUGGAUAUGUUCAACACCAAAUGGUUAAAGAAGCUUUCUCAUUGGUCAAGAAAAUGCAGCUUCUCGGGCCAAAACCAAACGUUUGGACAUAUAACACAUUGAUUUCUGGUUUUUCCCAAGCAGGGGAUGAUCAAAUGUUGGUCGAAUUAUUCCAAUCUAUGCGUGCAGAUGGCAUCGAGCCUGGGAUCGUAUCCUGGACCUCGAUAAUUUCCGGGUUUAUUCAGAACUUUCGAAAUAAAGAAGCUUUUUCCACAUUCAGACAAAUGAUAGGAGUUGGUAUAUAUCCCAAUUCAUUCACAAUAAGCAGUCUGAUAUCCGGUUGUGCGAAUUCCUCAAACGUUAAACAUGGGAAGGAGAUUCACGCCUAUGCUAUUUUAAUUGGGGUUGAAUCAGAUUCAUAUACAAGGACUGCUUUACUAGAUAUGUAUGCAAAAUGCGGUUACAUAUACGAAACAAGAUCAUUAUUCUCGAAAACAUCAGAGCUGGAGAGGAGCAGUGUGACAUGGAAUACAAUGAUUUUCGCCUGCGCAAAUAACGGGCAUGGGCAAGAAUCAAUAGAACUGUUCAACAGGAUGGUAAAGGAGGAGCCGGAGAAAGUUGACCAUUUGACAUUGACAGCGGUUCUAACAGCUUGUAGCCAUGAAGGAGAGGUUGAAUUAGGAAGACAACUGUUUUGUGAGAUUAAUGGUAAGUUUAAGAUUAGGCCGAGGUUAGAGCAUUAUGCUUGUUUGGUUGAUCUUCUUGGAAGAGGUGGAAAAGUUGACGAAGCUUAUGAGUUGAUUAAGAACAUGCCUAUGAAAGCCGAUUUGUUUGUGUGGGGAGCGUUGUUGGGGGCUUGUAGACAGAAUGGGAAUGUAGAUUUGGCAGAAAUUGCUGCAAAGAACUUGCGGGGGCUUGAACCGGAAAGUGUUGGCGGCAGUUUGUUGCUGUCUAAUGUUUAUGCUGACGUUGGAAGCUGGAGUAGUGCUGCUAAAGUCAAGAAGAUGAUUAAGAAGAAUAAGUUUCUAAAUUUUCCAGGUUCUAGCUGGAUGUAGCCCAUCUAUUCUUCCCAAUGUCAACAAAAGUUCAUAGCAUUAGGGGCUAGGCGACUUGUCCUAGACGACUGCAUAGUUUGCCUUACUUUUUUAAGGGCCAUAGGCGACUGCAUAACUUGUUUUCAUCGUAGAGCUGAUCCUAGGACCAUU